UCAAGAGCAUCACGACACGAAUGCGAUACUUCGAUAGUCCAGUCUAGCGCUAGGGAUUGCGACUGGCAGCGAUGGAAGGGCAUCUUGCUUUCGCGGCGAUCAUCUUGGGGUUUCUACUGUUCGUGUUACGCGCAAGAAAAUCGCGAGAUCGAGCAGCGCUCCCUCCAGGUCCGUUCCAAUGGCCAUUGAUCGGCUGCUUGCCCUCCUUCCCCUUCCAUCAGAGGCACCGCGGAUUCUUGGAGCUCUCCAAGAAAUUCGGCCCCAUUGUCACCAUGCCAAUUGGCUCCUCCAAAAUCUUCCUCGUCCACGGCAAAGAUCUGGCUAUGGAGGUUCUCCGAUUCAAGGACGCGCAAUUCUCGUCCAGGCCGCUGUCCAUGACCGGGAAAUACAUCGGAUUCGAGCACAGCGAUCCCAAUCUCUGCCCGCUCAACGAGAACUGGAGAGUGGUGCGCAAGGCUUUCAGCAACGAGCUCAUGGCGCCGUCGCGAUUGAGCUCCCAGGCAUGGCUUCGCCGAGAAGAGGUCCUCAAGACGGUGGACUCCCUGCUAGGAAUCACCGGCCACGGGAGAGAUUGGGCGAGCGUCGAUGUGAGGAAGAUCGCGGAGGGAGUUGUGGGAAGGAUCAUCAUGCGAAUGCUCUUUGGCGAUCACUAUCUCGGGAAGAACAUUGACAACCCAGAUGCCGAGAGGAUCACCCGCGAGCUCGAGCGAGAAUUCGAGAAGUAUCUGGCAGAGGGGAACUUCCUGUGGGGAGAACUCAAUCUGGCAGACUACUUUCCAGCGCUGGGCAUUUUCGAUCUCCAGGGGCUCGAGGGGAGAUUCAAGAGACUGAUGAGCAAGCUCGAGCCUCUCUUCACGAUGAUCAUCCAGGAGCACAGGAAGAACACUGUGAUGAUCCAGGAUGAAAAAGGCAAGGACGUGAUCGACGUGCUACUGCAAAACCAGCUCUCGGACAAGCAAAUCAUGGGAAUUCUCAGCGACGCCUUGCUCCCGGGGAUCGGCACGACCGCCGCGGCGGUCGAGUGGGCGAUGGCGGAGCUGGCCUCAAAUCCCCACACCCUGUCGCGAGCCCAGCAGGAGCUUGACAGCGUCGUGGGAAGAUCACGGCUCAUGGACGAGUCGGCCAUUCCAUCGCUCCCCUAUCUCCAAGCCAUCGCCAAGGAAGUUCUCCGCCUCCAUCCCUCGGCGCCGCUGGACGACCCCCACCUCAACGAGGAGGAAUCCUCCCUGGGCGGCUACGCCAUCCCCGCGAAAUCCACCAUCUUCGUCAAUCUCUGGGCGCUGGGGCGGGACGAUCGGCUGUGGAGCGACGCGUCGCGAUUCGAUCCGGACAGAUUCCUCGGCACGGAGAUUGGCGUCCAUGGCAGCCACUUCGAGCUCCUCCCAUUCUCGUCGGGCCGGAGGCGAUGCCCGGCCCACGCGCUCGCGAUGAUCAAGCUCCAGCACAUCGUCGGCGCCCUCGUGCACGGAUUCGACUGGAGUAGCGCCGGUGCGGUGGAUCUCAUCGAGGGCGAUGGAAUCAUCGCCGGCCCUAGAACUCCCCUGAGGCUGCGAGCAAGACGAAGACUAGACGACGAAGCAUAUUAGCCGCAUUAAGUAUAUUCGUAAGAAUCGUGGUUAAGCAUAUUCUUAGGAAUCGUUUGGGCCACUUGGCCACCUUGUUUAGGACCACCCUGUGUCAUUGUAUAAAUGUGGCCACGGGGAA